GUCCGGGGGUGGCCAGCGUGGCUGGAUGUCCCUCAAGCUGGUGGCCCUGCUGGCCCUGGCCCUGCUCCUCUCCUGCCUGGCCCUGCUCAACUUCUCCCUGGGCUUCCUGCUGGGCGCCACCCUGGUGCCACCUGCGGCCGCCGUCAGACCUGGGGGCAACAGGCUGCCCCUGGCCAUCCUGCUGGUUCUCAGCACGCCGGGCCUGUCGCUGUUCCUGGCCGUGCUGCUGGAGCGGGAGCUGCUGGAGGCGCCGGCGGGGCUGGGCGAGGCCUGGCAGCGCUUCCUGGGGGCGCUGGGCCAGGGGCUGCUGCAGGAGCACCUGCACGGGGCCCACCUGAGCCCCCUGCUCUGCCUGGGCGCCUAUCCCUGCUGGCUGCUGCUCUGGAACGUGCUCUGGUGGAAAUGAGCGACACACGGACACAGGGACACACGGACACAUGGACAGA